AUGGUCACGAUGGAGAGCCAACCGCUUACAGCUCGGCGAUUGAGCUGGGCUGACCAGAAUGCGGCGCCAUUGGCCUCUACCAUACCACAGGCGCCGGAGCCCCCACCCCUGGCUCCUACUGACGAUGACGACGACGACGAAGAUGACAGGCCUGGUGUCAGGACCCUUGAAAUGGGCGUCCUGCUGCAGGGGUAUGCUUACAGGUCAUCUGUAGAGCUCCCCUCCAAUGGCCAACUCGUUGAGGUUGUUGGACCCUUGCCAGAGGGAAUCGACAUUUUGGUCAAAGAUGAAGGCAGCCCUGAACAUCCUGCGGCGCUGUGGAUAGAGGCAGAGCUGAAAGAUCUCGGGGUCUUCUACCAUGGCCUUCUUGUCAGAAUUGCGGGUGGCGAGUUCGCGGAAGUAGUGGUCAAUCUGAAGGCCUGCGUCAUGGGCCCCAGAGAAGGGCGGCUGUCGAGGGUGCACCACAAUGUCGAGCUCAUAAGAGCCCUGGCGCCUGAGGACAUCCAUGGCAGCACAGAAGGCAGUGUCUUCAGAAAAGCUGCGCAGUUGAUGGAGGCAGACGAUGAAGACGAUGGCUAA